AUGAGAAUCAGCAACUUGAUCGUUGCGGCCUCUGCCGCCAGCAUGGUGCACGCUCUCCCCAAGCGCGAGAUGAAGAAGCGGGACUCUGGCUUCAAGUGGGUCGGUGUCAGCGAAUCUGGUGCUGAGUUCGGCUCUGCCCUCCCCGGCACCCUGGGAACUGACUACACCUGGCCCGAUACCUCCAAGAUCGAGGUCCUGCGCAACAAGGGCAUGAACAUCUUCCGUAUCCCCUUCCUCAUGGAGCGUCUGACCCCCGACGGUAUCACCGGUUCUUUUGCUUCGACUUACCUGUCGGACCUGAAGUCGACUGUCGAAUACGUUACCAACAGCGGAGCCUACGCUGUCCUCGACCCCCACAACUACGGAAGAUUCGAUGGAAGCAUCAUCACCUCCACCUCCGACUUCAAGACCUGGUGGACUAACGUUGCCACCGAGUUCGCCUCCAACGACAAGGUCAUCUUCGACACCAAAACAGACAACGAGUACCACGACAUGGAGCAGUCCCUGGUUCUGGACCUUAACCAGGCUGCCAUCAACGGUAUCCGUGCCGCUGGUGCCACCACUCAGUACAUCUUCGUCGAGGGUAACGCCUACACCGGUGCCUGGGACUGGACUACCAACAACGAUGACCUGUCCACUCUGACCGACAGCGAGGACAAGAUCAUCUACGAGAUGCACCAGUACCUCGACUCCGACAGCUCCGGUACCUCGGAGACCUGUGUCAGCUCCACGAUCGGCAAGGAGCGUCUUGAGAGCGCCACUGAGUGGCUGAAGACCAACAGCAAGAAGGGUGUCAUCGGUGAAUUCGCCGGUGGUGUCAACUCCGUCUGUGAGGAGGCUGUUGAGGGCAUGCUUGAGUACAUGUCCGAGAACUCCGACGUCUGGGUUGGUGCUUCCUGGUGGUCUGCCGGUCCCUGGUGGGGAACCUAUAUGUACAGUCUGGAGCCUACCUCCGGUCCCGCCUACUCGACCUACCUGCCCAUCCUCGAGAAGUACUUCCCCAGCGGUGAUGCUUCUUCCUCCAGCUCUGCCUCGGUCUCCGUCGCUGCUGCUACCUCCGCCGCCUCCGCCACCUCCGCUGCCACCUCGGCUGUUUCCACCACUGCCGCCGCUGCCAUCACCACCCCCGAGGUUCAGGUCCACCAGGCCACCUCUUCCGCUCAGUCCAGCGCUUCCAGCGCCUCCAGCUCUACCAGCGCCCGCAAGUCCAAGUCCGUUGGCCCUUGCAAGCUGUCUAGCGCCACCUCUAGCGCCGUCUCCAGCGCUGCCGCUGCCACCACCCCUGUUGCCGUUCCUACCACCCCUGUUUCCGUCCCUAGCGUCGCUUCUACCACGGUUGUUGCUCCUACCACGGUUGUCGCUCCCACCACUGUUGCUGUUGCUGCUACCACUUCCGCUGCCGUUAUCCCCAGCAAGGCCUCGACCUUCGUCUCCAGCGCUGUUGCUAGCAGCAGCGGUGUCGUCGGUGUCAGCGACCCCCAGGGUGCCCAGGCCACCAACUCUGCCGGUCAGGUGAAGCAGUACUACCAGUGCGGUGGUAUCAACUGGACUGGUCCUACCGUCUGCGAGAGCCCCUACACGUGCGUUGUCCAGAACGACUACUACUACCAGUGUGUCUCUGAGUAA